CAACGGUCUCUCGGCGGAGGCCAACGGUGAGAUAGUUCGCGCGAGUGUCUCGAGAUGCGAUCCUUCGCCCUCGUGCUGCUCUGCCUCACUGCCACCACGGCAGUCUAUCGGCACUUGCUGCCCAAUCGCUUCUGGGUGGUUCGCCUGCGGGAGGGCCUGAGUGAUGUGGACGCGGCCCAGCUGGCCCAAGUCACGGGCUACAAGCUGUACAGGAAGGUCACAGGCUUCCCCAACAUCUUUGUCUUCGAGAGCGCGCUUGGCUCCGGAAGGGGCCUCAAGAGGUCCGAAACGACGGUCAAGGACCUGCAUGAGAACAGUGACGUCAUGUGGGCGGCGCAGCAGAAGAAGCUUACCCGCGACAAGAGGAGCAUUUGGAAGUACUUUGACAUCAUGGACAACAGUGUGAUGCUGGACGAGGACUAUUAUCAGCCGCCAGAUCAGGAAUUCAACGACGAACUAUGGCAAAAUGAGUGGUAUUUGAAGGACACCAGGAACCAGCCUGGCCUCCCGAAGCUCGACCUCAACGUCCUGCCGGUGUACGAGAGAGGCAUCACGGGACGAGGUGUGCGCGUGGCGGUGUUGGACGACGGCGUCGAGUACACGCACGACGAUCUGGCGGCCAAUUUCGACCCCGAGAUCAGCUGGGACUGCAAUCACGACAGCCCGGAUCCCAGGCCUAACUUCCAGGACCUCGUGAACAGCCACGGCACACGCUGCGCCGGCGAGAUCGCCAUGGUGGCCAACAACCACAAGUGCGGCGUGGGCGUCGCCUUCGGCGCCAGGAUUGGCGGCAUCAAACUGCUGGGCGGCCAUGUGUACGAUCUGAUCGAGGGCAUGGCGCUGGGAUUCGCGUACGACAAGGUGGACAUCUACAGCUCUUCGUGGGGCCCCACGGAUGACGGUAAGACGGUGGAGAGGCCGGGUCUUCUGGCCAGAGAGGCUAUUGCGCGCGGCGUGAGACGCGGCCGCGGCGGGAAGGGCGUAAUCUAUGUAUGGGCGAGCGGCAACGGCGGUCGCAAGAGCGACAAUUGCAACUGUGACGGAUACGCGGGCAGCAUCUACACCAUCACCGUGGGCAGCGCGAGUCAGCACGGCACGAAGCCGUGGUACGGAGAGAUUUGCUCCUCCAUCCUGACCGUGACCUACUCUUCAGGCGCCUACAAUGACCAGAUGAUCACGACCACGGAUGUGGGGAACAAGUGCACGGUGAAGCACACCGGAACCAGUGCAUCCGCUCCGCUGGCGGCCGGUAUUAUCGCCCUGGGACUGGAAGCGAAUCCUAACAUCACAUGGCGCGAUGUGCAGCAUAUCAUCGUGAACACAGCUGAGUAUGUUCCUCUGCAGAUCAACAUGGGAUGGUUCAUGAACGGUGCUGGCUUCCUGUACAACAUCCGCUUCGGGUUUGGCCUCAUGAAUGCCGAUGAGUUCGUCAAGACUGCGGCUCAGUGGCAAAGUGUGCCGGAGAAGAGUAUUGAAGUCAUUCCAAAGGCCCACCUUUUGCCGCGAAAUCUCUCCACGGGUAUCGGGAUGAUCUCUGAGGAAUUCAUGAGUGAGGGCAGAAUUGCGUAUCUGGAGCAUGUGGAAGUGCAGAUGGAUUUGGAGUACAGCGAGAGGGGAGUUUUGGAGAUUUUCCUCACGUCACCGCGCGGAACGGAGAUUCAGUUGCUGACCAGGAGGAGGAGAGACAAAUCCAAGGACGGCUUCAGGCCCUGGACAUUCAUGUCAGUGGCCACAUGGUCGGAAAACCCCACAGGAUUGUGGAAACUUAAUAUUAUCGACACGAGCGCCCUGGGCAUCUUCAACUCCGGCAUUCUCUGGGAUUGUAAGUUGAUCCUGCACGGAACGGAGGAAAUGCCAGCAAUUCUCGCGAAUGGACCACGCGUCUACAACAACUACGUGAGACGAGCUUAAGAGCUUCUUCAUGGGGUU